AUGGGUCUCCGCGCUCUUACGACUGACUCAUCUAUACAUCACCCGGAUCCCUCAAAUCUACGACUGCUAUCUGUGGUGAUUAUACUUAUUUCAAUUGAUACCCGAACUUAGAUUUGUAUCCUCUUGACAUUUGCUCAUAGAUACAAGGUGUACUAAGACCGAUGUGUUUUAUUUUUUCUGUGACCAAGUGUAUUAAUAAUAGAAUAGUCUAUGUUGUCGGGGAUUCGUGUACUUACUCUCAAGGUCAACAGAUGACAUAACGAGCCCAACUGGCUGUAGGCCUGUACAAUAGACAGAUUAAUUUGAGCCUAAUCGGAACAAUAUGAAACUUAGUUUAUUGCAGGUCAUCCGUAUUGUUAAACAGGUCUAGUGUGGUAAUAUUGAUUACUUGCAAUCAGUGUUAGACAUCGUAUAGCUGUAUAUAUAAUUCAAUGUAUACCUUAAAUAUAUAUAUCUAAAUAUAUAUACGUGUCUAUAGUAUACUAUCUACCUACUUGCAACCAAUUGCCAAGUAUACAUAUCAACCAUUCCUCCAGAUAGCAUGGUUCAUAGUGUAAUCAGCUGAUUAUUGGAGCCAUUAUACACAGAGGAUAUAAUAUGCAAGGUAAACCGAAGCCAAUAAAUACAGAUUUAUAGGAAACUAGAGCAAAUAUGUCGGAUAUUACGCCUUGGGCUUGGGUCGUGUUAGCCGCUUCCUUCGGUAGCAUGUUCUUCAACUCUGCAUUUUUUGCAGUUGGAGUUAUCCAUAUAGCUUUAAUAGAAAAAUACCCGGAUGUUGAUGUUGGCACUAUAGCAUGGUUGGGAUCACUCUACUCAAGCAUGUUUGCACUAACAGAAUCACACAGGGUUGCACCUUCUGGCACAUGUUGGGAUCCAUGUGAUCAAUAUGUGGGUGAGAUUUGAGACCAUCUUUUGGGAUCCAUGAGUGAUCAAAAAAGUGAAUGGGAUCUAAGUUCGUCUACAACUGGUUCAUGACCUUUAAUGGUGAAGUGUUUGUAGGAAGUAUAGUUAUAAAUUUGUUUAAUGCCAGAACAUGUGUUAUGUUAAGCGGCGUUCUAACUCUAAUUGGGUUUACUUUAAGCAGUUUUGUAACUGAUAUAAAGCUACUGUUCGUCACAUACAGUUUAAUAGCAGGCAGUGGUCAAGCCAUGUCAUUCGCCGGCUCUAUGGUGAUUAUUGGUUAUUACUUUAAAGGUAAAACCAGUAUAGCUACAGGAAUAGCUACUAGUGGGAGUGGACUGUGUACAUUCGUGUUCCCACCUUUAACUCAGUAUUUUGUAGACACGUAUGGCCUGUCUGGUGCCUUUCUAUUUCUGGGUGGACUCGGAUUUCAAUCCGCAGUGUGUGGUUCCUUAAUGAGACCUACUAAAUUCGAAAAGCGAUCAAAAUCGUUUUCUUUAAACAUUUGCAGACGACAACCCCCAAAGAAGAACCCUGUGGACAAAAAAGGUGAUAUAUCCUGUUACGACAUUGUAUCAAAUAAAUCAUUUUCCUUAAAUAAUAUCAACCAGCAAUUUCGAAAGAAUCAUCUCGACGAUAAAACGACUGAAAGUGGUUUAAAUAAAAUUCUGUAUUUAAGUAGUUCCUGUGGACAACUUCCAAAGAAGAACCGAUUGGAAAACAGAGUUGGAAUGUCACCUGGCUACGCCAUCGGAUCAAGUAAAACUCUUUUCUUAAAUAGUUCCAAGGAUAAACUUCCAAAGAAAGACCUGGUUGACAAACACGACCAAACGUCGUCCCGUUUCUUGACAGAAAGGGUGAUACUCUUCACAUCAGCUCCGACAUGGCUGUUAUUUAUGAGUUCCGCCGCCUUUCACAUGGCACUGUCAACAGUGUUCUUAUUUCUUCCGGAUUACUUCAAAUAUCUGGGAUCCUCAUCUCAGGAAUCCGCAUUUAUAUUUUCUAUAGCAGGAGUUACCGGAAUAUUCUCCAGAGUCUUACUUGGAUUCUUAGCCUCCAGUGUCGACACUGCUGUCGUUUACGGAAGUACAUUUGGUAUUAUGGGCGUGAUUACAUUUUUUGUGAAAUUUAUGAAUUCUUUGGGUAGCAAAAUAGCCUAUACAGCUUUAUUAGGGUUUUAUACUGGAGGUAGUUGGGCUCUACAAUAUACUCUACUAGUGACUAUAGUUGGAUUAAAAAAUGCCUCUACCGGUUAUGGUGUCAUGAUGUUCUUUAGUGGUAUGGGAUAUCUGUUGGGACCUCCAUUUGCAGAAAUGAUGGUUGUGUGGUUUAAUGAUUAUUAUUAUGCCUUCGUGUUUGCUGGUUUGUGUUUUUUGGUAGCAGCAGGCACAGGUUUAAUGAUUAGACCGAAGAUUAAUAAACAGCAUGUGUUAUCAGUGAUAAAUAUAGAAGACAGCGAAAAUGAAAAAUUUAUCAUUGAACCAGAGAAACAAAUAAUAACCAGUUUAAGUGAAGAAACUUUAAAUCUUUUAAAUAAGAAAAUAAGCGCAGUGUAGUUAAAUGAACUGUGAUAUAUAUAUUUGUUAAAUGUAUUUUGUUAAUGUUUAUAUUGUUUAGAAUUUUUUAUAAAAAAUAC